GUCCGUCCCGUGAUAGUGACGUAAUCUUCCGCUCGAUGGCGCUGGCGGUGACGCUCGCGGGCGUUCAUUGUGCGAAGCGGGCAGGCGCUUCGGCCACCGGCGGGCGGCCUCUGGAGCAGGUGAUUUCCCGCUGUGACAUCCGCGAUGGCCGUGGCAGUGGCUGUGUUGGCGGUGGCGGUGUUGCGGCUGGCGGGGACAGCCUCCGCGGCGGGGGCGGGGCCGGAGGCGGAGGCGGCGAGGGUGGCGGCGGCGCUGAUGGACCCCCAGGCCCCGCUGCCCUGGCACGCUGCCGGCCUGGCUUCGCUCAGCCUCCUGCCGGCCUGGGGCGAGAUGGGUCUCUCCGAGAACUGCACCCGUGACCUCCUGCAGAUGGCGUACUCCUUCGGGAACGGCAGCGCGUGGGCCAUCAAGAUGUUCGACGCGUCCACGAAAAUCCCCGACGGCCUGCUGGGCGGCCAUUUGGUGCACCUGGGCAACUUCGACGAGUGCCUCUCCGUGCGGCAAGGCGAGGGCGAUGGGUCGCCGGGCUUCGACGGCCAGCACUGCCUUGUCGCCUUCUCGGCGAAGCUCGGCGGCGGCGGCGGGGAGGAGUUGGAGGAGCUGGGUGCCCAGGAGGAUUUCGACGAAUGGCAGAGGCUGCUGCAUGCGGUGCAAUCCAGCCUCAUGCUCCACGGCAGGACGCAUCGCGUCGAUGAAGCGCGGGACAUCCCGGAGAGUGGCGCACUCGCUAGCCUGCUUUCCUACAUCCCGAUACAAUUAGCCUGGUGUACUCCGUCAACGUGCACUCCCCAAGACCUGGAAACUGUGGCGUUAGCAGCCGUAAACCUCACUUCCCUCAAAGCGACUGCGACGGUGGACCCAGCCAAGUGUCACACCCACGUGGGAAAGAAACUACGAGGCGUCGACGUUUUUGCAAUAUCAGCGGCGUCCCUUAUUUCUGACCUUUUCCAUCUACAGCAACUGGUCCAAACUCAUCGCUGUGACAAAUGGAGCAAACCAGUUGACGUGCCUAAACGGUAUCCGAACCAUCAGUAUGUGUUGGGUGAUAGUUGCUCAUGUUUACGCAAUGUUUGCACUGAUGCCAACUGUGAAUAUCUUGUUGUUUGCAAAAGAUUUUAUCGAGUCGUUCAAGCGGCUGGUUAUCACAAACGGCUCCUUGUCUGUCGACUCUUUCUUCGUGAUGAGCGGUCUACUGUUGAGCUUCCUCUUCCUCAAGGAAGUGGAGCGGACCAACCGCUUCGACGUCGCCAAGUUCUACGUCCAUCGAUACGUCAGGCUUACGCCAGCCAUGGCAAUCCUCGUGCUUAUGUCGGUGACCCUACUGGGCUACGCUGGAACAGGUCCUCUAUGGGACUCUCAAUAUGAUCCUUUGAGAAGAGCAUGUGAAAAGAAUUGGUGGACCAACUUCCUCUACAUCAAUAACUACGUGAACUCAGACGAAAUGAGAUCUUCAGCGUACAGAUACUAUGAAGUAUUACUACUGGACUACUCACACCCGCUACGUGCCCUGGCUGAUGGGAGUGGUGCUGGGGUACAUUUUACACGAGGCGCGAAAGAAGAAGCCCGAAUUUCCCAAGUGGGCCAUCGCUAUGGCCUGGGUCAUGUCCACGGCGUUGAUGAUGACUGCUUUGAACGCUGCGUACCCAUUUCAGCAAAUGACUUGGGUGUAUAGUCGGGUGGAGGCCGCUUUCUGGCUCUCUCUCUUCCGAGAUAUGUGGUCUCUGCGUUUGGGAUGGAUCAUUUUCGCCUGCGAUCAAGGUCACGCAGGAAUUGUGAACAAAAUACUGUCCUGGAACUUCUUUCAGCCGUUGGCUCGUUUAUCCUAUGGAUUAUAUCUAAUGCACAUUCCCAUAUUGACGCUAUUUAGCGGAGUAGUGCAGUCGCCAAUGUACUUAGCUGAUGUAACAAUUAUUCCCUACUUUUUUGGAGUACUGCUAAUGACGUUGGCGUGGACAAUCCCUAUGGUUCUUCUCUUCGAAUCGCCAAUAAUACUGAUUGAGAAGUCAAUAUUUGGUGGAAACUUGUGGAGACAAAGGGAGCAGCCGGGAGAAUAUCGAACUAUAGAAAACCCUAGCGUUGGUGAAGGUGGCUCCUCGCAAGCUUGAAAACAGGAGCACAUAUACCAACGAUUUUUGACUCGCCUUUUAUAGGUUUUAAAAUUAUAUGGUUUCUAAGCAUUGUGCUGAAGGCUUUGAAACCUACGUUUUGCGAGAUAUACAAAUGUUCCUUUUAUUUUCAAGUCGUAUAAUUUGUCAGUAUUUUUUAAAGUAUUAACUAAAAAUAACUAUAUUUAUGACUAGAUGAUAAAUUUUUUUGUGAAUGAUCGUGAAAGAAUUAAUUACUGAAUGUUGAAUGGUCUGCAACAUAUUACUCACAGAUUGUGAGAUGCGAGUGAUAUACAAGUUUCAGUCAAACUGGAUUAUUGGGACGGUAAAUCCUCACCAGGACUUACUAAAAUGGUGAGUGGAAGUGUAGCAAAAAAUGAGUAAUAAACAUCUACUUGUGAAGGUGAACCAUUGCUGCUAUGUGACAGUGAAUGCACUAUAACAUAACUCUAAUACUGUGUUUGCAUUAGGAAAUUUAACUGGCAUGUAAGGUACAUAUUUGCGCUGGCGCUUUUAUUAAUAAAGACAAUUUUGUAAUACUUAAUUU